CCCUUGCGGUGAUCCGUCCUGGUGUUUGCCUGCAGCAAGAUGGCGGCGGUCUCAAUGUCAGUGGCGUUGAGGCGAGCUUUCUUGGGGAGAAGCGCAGUGCCUGUAGCUGCCAUUCCCGUUUCCAGGGUUCCAACCAGAUUGUUGAGCAGUUCCACAUGGAGGCUGGCACAGGACCAAACUCGAGACAUGCAACUCAUAACAGUUGAUGAAAAAUUGGAUAUCACCACUUUAACUGGUGUUCCAGAAGAGCAUAUCAAAACUAGAAAAGUUAGGAUCUUUGUUCCUGCUCGCAAUAACAUGCAAUCUGGAGUAAACAACACAAAGAAAUGGAAGAUGGAGUUUGAUACCAGGGAACGAUGGGAAAAUCCUUUGAUGGGUUGGGCAUCAACGGCUGAUCCCUUGUCCAACAUGGUUCUAACCUUCAGUACCAAAGAAGAUGCAGUUGCCUUUGCAGAAAAAAAUGCAAAUACUGUAGUCACCAAGAGGCACUAGAACUUACAACAACUCAGAAGAUCAAGAAUCUUACUCAUUAGACUGUAAUAUUCAGUUUGGACAUGGACAUUUCAUACAUGAAUGACUGCAUGAUUCAGCCAUAAAUUAAAUGUUUCAAGGUGAGUUAAUUUGAAGAAAGUCCUGGGAGAGGAGGAUAAAUUACAGGGAUGGAAAAUGGACCUUAUGAAGAAGAAAGUUACAGAGGUUGCUUGGACUAGGUGACAAAUAUGUUUUCAGUGAAGAGGAUGUUGAGUUAGUUGUUCUCAAUGUCUUAGAAGAACUGGAUUUAAAGCAGAAGACAGAGACAUACAUAAAUCCAGCUUUCAAAAUUAUGAAACACUGAGAAGGGCUUUGGAGAAAAGACAAACUCUCAGAAUAGACAGUUUAUACCAGUGGUUCUCAAACUUCUAUGCAUAAAAAUCUCCAGUGAUGAAUACUGAAAGUGCAGAUUCCCAGGCAUCCACCAGAGAUUCUAAUCCAAUAAGCCUUUGGUCAGGCCUAAGAGUUUGUACUGUUAAUGAGUACACCUGUGAAACCAAUGUUGAAAAAGUCUUCAAGUUUAAUCAGUAGCCUGUCAAAGUUCAAGGUGCUAAACCAAGUAAUUUUGAAUCGUCUGCUCCACCUCUGUGAUUUAUAUAAAUAAGUAUGUACAUGUUUUUCUGUGUUGUUUCAAGUGAGCUCCAAACUGUUAUAAAGUCACCAGCUUUUAGAAAACAAUAAGACUGGUUAUAUUAUUCAUACUCCUCAUUGCAGUUAUUAAAGAAGUUAUAUACAUAACCGUGUAGAGAGGAAUGGCAAAUUUUAUAUAAUACAUACCAUCAGUAAUUGGGGAAUACUGAACAAGGAGAAAUCAAAUCAUGAUUACAUCUUUGAGAUAUGGUAAAUAAUCUUCAGGCAAUAUUUUGGACCCUCUUGUCACACAGGAUUAUAAGGCAAUGCAUUACUAUAUUUCAGAUGUGACAUUUACUCCUGAUGGUAGAUCAACAUUAAAUUCAUGAAAGUUUCUGAUUGCUGUGUUGUUCAGGUAUCCUCUUUAAUUCU